AUGAAUGUGGAAAAGGAGCUUAAAAGUCUAGGAGCACCGAAAUUUAGAGGAGAAUAUAAGGAAUGUCCCGUUUCUGUGGAUCUUUGGCUAAACGAUGUGAAGAUUAUGCUAGAUGGUCUCCAUUGUUCUGAAAUAGAGAAGCUGAAUGAAGAUUUUCUAACUCAAAAGGAGCUAAACCUAAUACAAAGUACAUGGAUCGAGCUACUUAAAGACUAUGAUGCUAUCAUAGAUUAUUACCUUGGGAAAGCCAACAAGGUAGCUGAUGCACUUAACCGAAAGACUUUUGCAGCUUUACGCAUGUUAGAUUCCCAAUUUUCAUUAAAGAACAAUGGUGCUCUGAUGGAUGAAUUGAAGAAAAUACAUCUAUUGUUGGAACGAAUAAAAGAGUUAAAAAGGAAAGAUGAUAAAUGUUUAGCCAAAUUGGAACAAGUAGAAAAAAGUGAAAUCAAGGACUUUGAAGUAAAGUCAAAUGGAUACUUAUACUACAGAGAUAGAGUUUAUAUUCCAAAUGAUGAAGAGUUGAAGAGAUAUAUUCUUUCUGAAGAACAUCUUAGCCUUUUGACUAUGUAUCCAGGAGGGAGCAAGAUGUACCAAGACUUAAAAGGAAGAUAUUAG